UACGCCUGCGGUGGCCGAGUGCCUCUUCUUCAGGCUGAGUUGGCAGAGGGUAGUGAGCGCCGGUGGCCGAGGCAGAGUCGGAGCCGGAGGAGAAUGAUGAAUGGAACCGCGGGACCUUCGCAUAUUGACAGUCGCGAGCGGGUUCUCAAGUUAGGGGAGAGUUUUGAGAAGCAGCCGCGCUGCGCCUUCCACACUGUGCGCUAUGACUUCAAACCUGCUUCUAUUGACACUUCUUGUGAAGGAGAGCUUGAAGUCGGCAAAGGUGAACAGGUGACAAUUACUCUACCAAAUAUAGAAGGUUCAACUACACCAGUAACUGUUUUCAAAGGUUCAAAGAAACCUUACUUAAAAGAAUGCAUUUUGAUUAUUAACCAUGAUACUGGGGAAUGUCGACUAGAAAAACUCAGCAGCAACAUCACUGUAAAAAAAACAAGAGUUGAAGGAAGCAGUAAAAUUCAAUAUCGUAUGGAGCAGCAGCAGCAACAAAUGCGGAAUUCAGCUAGGACUCCCAAUCUUGUAAAACAUUCUUCAUCGGAAGACAAGAUGUCCCCAGCAUCUCCGAUGGAUGAUAUUGAAAGAGAACUGAAGGCAGAAGCUAGUCUAAUGGACCAGAUGAGUAGUUGUGAUAGUUCAUCAGAUUCCAAAAGUUCAUCAUCUUCAAGCAGUAAGGAUAGUUCUAGUGAUUCAGAAGAUGAAGAGUGCAGAUCCUCUCCUUCUGAUCCAGGGAAUUAUGUCUCAGAACAUCCUACCAUGUCUACCAUGCCACAGUGCAGGAUUCCUGAGAUAGUGGCUGGUCAUAAUAAACAUCAUGACAGCAAUGGCCUCCUGAUGAAUACUUUAAGAAAUGAUUUGCAGCUGAGUGAAUCAGGAAGUGACAGUGAUGACUGAAGAAAUAUUCAGCUAUAAGUAUAAAGUUUAUAAGACAUGUGAUAAUUUAUUUUAUAUUAGGAAUAAAAAUUCCUAAGACUGAGGAAAAGGUAUCUUAACUUUGAUGAUAAGAGAAAUUUAAUCUGAUUCAGAAUUUUCA